UGAACUGCCCUCUGGUCAAUUAGGGAUGGACAAUAAAUGCUGCCUGACCAGUGACGUCCUCAUCCCGUGAAUGAAUAAUGAAAAUAAAUGUUCACCACUGGCCUGUGCAACCCAACUCUCUCAUGCCUUGGACAAUCCCUACCACCCAGCAAGCAUCAAACGUUGUGCAAGUUCCUCCUAUUAGCCAAUCCCCUGUUACAGCAUUUAAACUUCCUUAUGAUAACACCGCUUGUUCCCUGCUACCCCUACCUUUCGAUAUUAACAAGCAUUCAGGUAUAACGUAAAAUCCUGGCACCUCAUUGAUACGUGGCCGACAAAUGGGAACUGCUGGAAAUCACUGAGGUUCUCCUCAAGAAAUCUUCACAUAUGUGUACCAGGCCCGCAUAUGGCUUCGCUAAUGUCCCAGUCGGUGACUGUUCUGCGCCCCCCCCAACCCUCAAAAUAUAUUUUAUUCCCAAAAGAUAACACCGACCAUUUCUUUCCUGAAGUACAUGAACUAUCCCACUAUACUUCUCAUUGUGCAUUCACAUUAUUAAAUGGCACACCACGUCAAACCGUUCCCCGAUACCUUUCACACUGCCUGAUAAAUGUUCAGGGAAUACUGUGAUGACUGAAGGUUGUUUGGAUAGUAUUCGCUGCGGGCACAGACUACUGAGUCCAUCCUUUAGGCUAGAACGAGGUGGUAACUGCUUCGACUUACAGUCUGGAGAAACUUCACCUCACAUCUCUGCUUCCUCUACAGAAAGCUGCAAGUGCCCGGCAGUAAAACUCACUCAGAAAGUUUACCUGAAGAAUAACUACAAUUAUGUCAUUCGCGCCAAAGUGAAAGAGGUGAGAAAUAAAUGUCACGACGUUGCCACGACGGUGGAGGUGAAAGAUGUCUUGAAAUCCUCCUUGGUGAAUAUACCAAAGGAAACGGUCACGCUUCACACGAGUUCGGCGUGUCUCUGUCCUGAAAUUAAAACCAACGAGGAGUAUGUUAUCAUGGGCUACGAGGACGAAGAGAGGGCAAGAUUACUUUUGGUGGAGGGUUCCAUAGCUGUGAAAUGGAAGGAUCGACUUGGGAAAAGGAUCAAGAACUGGGACCAGAAGCUCCGCCAGGAAAGGAGAAAAGGGAGGAGCGGCCUACCAAACAGAGAGAAGCGUCUACAACCCAGAGAUACAGCAGUUGCAUCCAAACAGAGGAAAAAUAGCAGGAAUGCAAAGUCAGCACGUCAUUAAACAUUUUGCACGAGAAGUCCUUUGGACAAUGUAAAAAAAAGUCUGCAUUCUUGGAGUGGCACAAGAAAAUUGCACUAUUGCACGUAUGUCCUAAUAACGACUAUGAAAUUUAGCUAUUCUAUAACUUUGUCUUUUUGUCCUUUUUUUUGCACGAUUAUUAGUGUUAUAAAAAAGAAAGCAGCAUCGAAUCCCUGCACUGUCCUCGUUUGUGAAGACUGUCUCAGAACACGCUGGGGAGUGAGUUUGACGGGCUGCUAUUAAUCCGAUGGUACACAUUUAUUGCGUUUCUAGGUUACGCAACUCUGAGACUGUGGUCACAUAUUUCAUUGAAAGAAUGUCUGAACAAGGGUCUGGAGUGUGUAAGGAUCAGAAUGUUCUGGUAUAGUUGAUGUCUCAAGGCCAAGACUGUCUAGCCCCCAAAAAACGGAAUUGUUGCAUGUCAGAUCCGAUGACCCUAAUGAUGUACAAGUUGCUCAGUUAAGACAGUAUUGUGAACUACGAAGCAUAGCGACGACCAACAGCACUUGUAAAACAAACACUGGAUAUAAACAUGCCAAUGUUAUUUGGUUGCUUGUUUCAUCAGCCUUAUCCAAUUAUAUCUACAAUUAGUAUCAGAGAAAAUGUAUAAACUGCAAGACGAUUGUGUGAUAGAAAGAUAAGAAGCAAAGCUUGCAUUAAAUUAGUUUUAAAAUGGUAUGUUUUAUGAACUAUUAAAUAAAUAACUUUCAAACUCA